AUGAGACCUGCAGAUUCAUCAGCGGACAAGGGACAGGUCUCCCAGCAGCUCCCGGAGCCUAAGCAGUCCGAGCGUGUUCAGAAACAUGGCAACCAACUGGCUGAAGCAGAAAGAGCGUCUGCCGAAGGACGUAACGACCACAAAUACACCUAUGAUUCAAUACUUGCCGGGAGUCGACAAUCAACACCCCGUACUGGGGAUUCGGAGGAGCGUUCAACGAGGGAUACUUGGAGAGAGAGAUCUGGUGCUAGCGGUAAAUCGAAAUCGCUGUUGCAGGAGCUUUCCCUCUCUUCGCAUACCACGCCUUCUAUGGCUACCUCGGACGAUCAACUUUCAACUGACCUCGGUCUCGCGUCGAUAGAAAGCAUUUCAGAUGCCUCAGCUAAAUCGAGAAUGGAGAGGCACGACUUGGACUGGAAGAGGCAUAGUGUAUGGGUGAAUACAGUUGCUAUGCUCAGGGAAGUCUCCACGCAGUUCAGAGAUCUUGAUGAGCGGUAUUCGACCUCAGCAUCAGAAACAGAACGAAUGGAACUGCACGAGAAGCUAGUCAAGAUCUGGGAGUCGGCAUAUUACGGAUGGGAACGGAUUGGAGUCUGGUGCCAAAACAUACUGCAAGACGACACGGCUGUCCCCAAACUACGAGGGUUUGAUUGGUCUCAGGAGAAGAGGGAAUGGCGACGACUCGAGCAAGCAUACGAGAGGCAUCUACAAGAACAUAAGGUAUUUCAAAAACGGCUCAGGAAGGACCAUCAGCAUGCGCCCCAAGAUUCUGGAACAAGGGACAGUGUAGGCGAAAAGGGGAAAGAUCAAUCUACACCAUCCCCGCCACAAUCUAGAGAGCGCCCUAGACCGGCGUCUUCCCAUCACCAGAUACCUCUCGAGUCUGCUUUUUGUGGCCAUGAACAGGUCAAUGCAAGUAACCCGGGCCUAAGUAAUGAUGGCUAUCGGCCACCAUUGGCAACGUGUGAAGCACAGGCAGUGACUCCCGUAGCACGACCCACCAAUGACCAUGAAGCUGUCACUCGCCGGUUUCCACAUUCAAUAUGCUCUGAUCCUCGAGCGUAUAUCUCUUCAGAUGAAGAGGAUUUCGCAGACACGGACUGCCUUUCAAUAACCGUCGAUUCGGAACACGAUAUUGAAAUGGCUGUGGCCUCGGAUGCGGUUAUUGAUUGUGCCCUUGGACACAUUCUUCGCGAGUACCGGGCAGGCAAACAAUGCGGACAGACGGACGAUAGCGGAACAGGAAAUCUGUCGUACACGACCAACUCGUCAUUUCCGCUCACCAAGAAGCGAAACACAGGGCAGGAACAGCAAAAGGCAUUGGCAUGUCCCUUUUGGAAGAGGAAUCCUCGCGAAUAUAGGAGGUGCUUCCGAUACAAGUUGAGUCGAAUCAGAGACGUCAAGCAGCACAUUCAUCGAUGCCACCAUCCUCCAUGGCGCUGUAUGCGAUGCGGAGAGAUAUUUCCCAGUGAGGAGACUCGCGAUGCACAUGCGAGAGCGGAUCAAGCCUGCGCAGUACGCCAUGUUGUACACGAUGAUCUUUCACUGUCCCAGAUGAAAGCCCUAACUAGGAGAUCAAACCCCAAAUAUCCCGUGGAAAAGCAGUGGUAUGCAAUCUGGGACAUUCUGUUUCCAGGGGCCGAACGUCCCGCUUCGCCAUAUAUUGACAAUGUGCUAUCCGAGGAGAUAUCGUCAUUCCAGGAAUUCUACCAGACUCGCGGGCCUGCGAUCCUUCGAGAAGCACUCCGAGAAUCAUUUAUGGAUAACACUUCCAUGCAGGAAGUUCAACAGUACUCCGAUCUGGUCCUUCGUGCUGCAUUAGACAGAAUCCUCGAUGAGUGGCUGUCAGCUCAGACAGACGAUACAUGCCCAUCGAGUGCGCAGCCCGCUACGAGCGCGACACUUUCACCGUCUAGCGAAAACAACGUUAAUACUUCAUCUUCGGACAGCCAAAUGGCCAUGACAGAAUCAGGCGGCGCCGGUAGUUCCCAAUAUGACGCAAGCAAGAACUGA